UCGCUAGCUUGCGCUCCACUAACGGGAUGGCCAGUGUUUUUCGAGUUUUCUUCACGUAUAUAACAACCUAAUAGGAGCCAAUUUUCAGAAUUUCUUUUCAGGAGCCCACGUAUUGUGUUACCGUACUCUAUCGAGCCAAACAUCCCGAAACCUGAUACAUUAGUAAUAGACCGAACGAAUACCGGAUUAAAUCGAGCUACUUCUCCUCUAUGUUAAUAAUGGGUAAUUUUUGUUCGCUUGGAAUUACUGCAGGAGCGCACAGAUUGUGGUGCCAUAGAACAUACAAAGCAAGGUUACCAUUGAGAAUUUUGUUGAUGCUACUAAAUUGUUCCAUGCUUCAAGAUAACAUAUACGUUUGGUGUAGAGAUCAUCGUGUUCAUCAUAAAUUCACUGACACUGAUGCUGAUCCAUAUAAUUCCAAAAGAGGUUUUUUCUUCUCUCACAUGGGUUGGCUUAUGGUAAAAAAACAUCCUGCAGUCAUAGAGAAAGGAAAAACUAUUGAUGUUAGCGACGUUCUAACUGAUCCAGUAGUUCAAUUUCAGAUAAAAUAUUAUGUUCCGCUUGUUAUAUUAAUGGCAAUCAUCGUCCCUUCUCUGAUACCUUAUUAUUUUUGGGAUGUAAGCUGGCAAGAAUGUAUUUGUAUAUCAUUUUGUUACCGAUACAUUCGUAGUUUACAUAUCACCUGGUUGGUUAAUAGCGCGGCACAUAAAUGGGGAUAUAAACCUUACGAUAAAAAUAUCUCUUCUGUUGAGAAUGCCAUCGUUUCUUACUUAACAAAUGGAGAAGGCUUCCAUAAUUUUCAUCAUAAAUUUCCAUGGGAUUAUUCCACAAGCGAAUAUGGUUGGAGAUUGAAUAUUUCAACAGUUUUUAUCGACAUUAUGGCCUUUCUGGGGCUCUCAUACGAUAGAAAGAAAGUUUCAAACAAAUUAGUUGAAAAAUUCAAGAAGAAAUAUGAUUUGAAAUAAUAUGUAAAUAAAGGAAAAGAACUACAAUAAAAUAUUGCAAAGAGGUUUAAAUUACUGUAUUAUUAGAGA